ACUCAAAACGCACUGGAAAAUCAUUAGAAAUGGCACCGAAGAAGAAAAUGUUCCAGAAAAGUAUGUCAGCACUAAUGCUGGGAGGCGCCGAAUCUGCUGCUCCUCUAGCUGGUUCUGGAGUACUUGCAAGCAAUUCGGCUGGAUCUUCCCCUCCUGGCGCUGCUGGAACUCCGUCAGCUGCUUCUCAAACACCUACAACGUCUACGCCUCCAUCAUCAACUACGACGACGCUGACUGAGCAGGCGAAAGGGGUGCUGGCGCAGCUUGUGAAGACGUCAAAAAUGAGUAGAUCACGAGGAUCGGCGUUGGCUGAGAAGCCGGAAGUUCAGGCGAUGUUGGACAAGGAUCUUUUCCUAAUACAAUCGGAUCGACGUACGAAAAUGAACGCAAUGCAGCAGCUUCAACUCGUUCGGGUCUUGGCGCAAUUUUUUCUGGAACGAGUGGAUGAUGGUCAUCGAUAUUCGUAUUUCGAAGCGAUCUUCUUGGGUAGAUCAGAUGAUCCGACACUUCACGAGUAUCGUCUAUCUGUAAUGUUUCAAUUGGUUUCAUUCUCAAUUCAAUAUCCGGUUCUUCAAAUUCUGAAUCAUGUGAUGGGAUGGUUGUGUCAAAUGAAGAAUGUGGAACAGGAGAGAAUCUACUCGGAUCGGCUUAUCGAUAUGAUUAUUGAGCAUUUUGUACGACUGUCGAAUGAGCAGAAUCGAAUGCACGAAUACCUAAUACCACUGGAAGGCACAUGCAGUGAAUUCUGUGCUCUUUUCGUGUCACGUGCCACCCUCCACGGCCCUCUUUCACCACCAAUGAUCACAUUAAUCGUUCGAUAUUGCACUAGAAACAUGCAAUUCAUCCUUCGACACCUUCGAGACACUUCAUGGCUUGGAAAUGAUUUUGCGGAGAAAGUGGUGCCGAAGUUGGUUGAGCAGACACUUUUGGAUGAUGAUUCGGAUAGUCUUGGAUCGUGCCUGUGUUAUGUACUUUUUAGAUGGCAUAUUGAUGUUCUUGCUAAUGAGGAUCGGAAGGGUCCGACAAAACGGAUAGAGGUUUUAGACCUCCUGCUCUCGGCCGACUACCCAUGGACCAAACGCCGGGCCUGUGUGCUCGCAAGUGCAAUUGGAGCAUCGACGAGACCUGAAGCUGAGAUUCAGAAGGAGCUUCAACGACUAGAAGUUCCAGAACACUUUCAACCGGUUAUUGACCUGCUGUGCUCCAAAGGAAUCAAAAAAUCCUCGCAGACAGUGCUCGAUGCCAUUUCAGAGAUGCAUUUGGUCGAGGAAAUGGAUCGGAUGAUUACAGAAGAUGAUAUUUAGUAAUUGAAAUUUUUUUGUGUUAAUUGGCUUGAAAAUACCUCAAAAAACAGAAAAUUCGACAAAAAAAGGCUAAUUUGGCGCUGAAAAUUAGGAAAAUUGCUAGAAAAUUAAUAUUUGUUUGAUUUUCACAAAAAUUGCACCAAAAAUUAGAUUUUUUGAAAUUUUAGCAAAAAAUCUAGGUGAAAAAUCAAUUUUUUAACAAAAUUUCGAAUUUUUUGAUCUAUAGGCUUGAAAAAACUAAUUUUCCGCCCAAAAGUUGGCUGAAUUGAAGAUUUUCAGCCAAAUGAGCCUCUUUUUUCGAUUUUUUUGGCCAUUUUAUGUCAAAUAACACAAAAAUUUCCCUUUUCUUUCAAUUUUUUUUUCUUAUUUUUCGAAAUGUCUAUGAAAUUCAAUGAUCAGCAUUUAUUUAUGAAAUCAUUUU